CUUGAAUUUUUCCAUUUCUUAACUUGCAAAAAAAACACAAAAAAUAUUACUUUUUAUUAGGUUUUUCUGACAUCAGAACUCAAUAAAGCGAUUUUUUCUACUAUUUUUUUAAAAAAAUAUUCACAGCUUCAGUUUGUUAGACACGUUAACAUCUUACUAAAAAAAUAGGUUUUAAUUGUAAGUUUGAAUCCACAAGUAAUCAAUCAACUAUGACCUUUCACAACCCUAUUUCCCCAUCGUUUGAAAAGCAUGGUACCAAGUUGGUUACUCUAGAAACACAAGAUGGCAUUGCAAUCCAGGGUUACUGCUUCGGUGCAGAGGUCCCAGCUGCCGGUGAGUUGGUUUUCCAGACCGGUAUGGUCGGAUACCCAGAAUCCAUCACCGAUCCUUCCUACGAAGGACAAAUUUUAGUCAUAACUUAUCCUCUCGUGGGUAACUAUGGUGUCCCUGAUAGAAAGUUAAUGGACGAUGUUGUCAAAUCUCUUCCAAAAUACUUUGAAUCAAACAAAAUCCACAUUGCAGGUUUGGUAGUUGCUCACUACACUGAAGACUACUCUCACUACUUGGCCACAUCCUCUUUGGGCCAGUGGUUGAAAGAACAAAAUAUUCCAGCAAUCUACGGUGUGGAUACCAGAUCCCUAACCAAGAGAUUGAGAGAAAAGGGUUCAACUCUUGGUAGAUUCUGUUUCCUAAAGGACUCAGUCAACGUCGAAGUAGGAUUGAAGGACUCUGAGUGGAAGAAAAACUUUGAAAUCCCUCAAUGGAUCGAUCCAAAUGUUGAGAAUCUUGUUGCCAAGGUUUCCACCAAGCAGCCUGUAAUCUAUGACCCACCAAAGGAAUUGGCCAAGUUGGGUCCUGAUGGAAAGGUCCUCAGAAUCGUUGCCGUCGAUGUCGGUAUGAAAUACAACCAAAUCAGAUGCUUCGUUAACAGAGGUGUCUCCUUAAAGGUUGUUCCUUGGGACUACGAUUUUACCAAGGAAGAGUAUGAUGGUCUGUUUAUUUCUAACGGUCCAGGUGAUCCUUCCGUUAUGACCGACGUUGUUGAGAGAUUAAGAAAAUCUCUUGAUGAAGCCAAAACCCCAAUUUUUGGUAUCUGUUUAGGUCACCAGUUGAUGGCUAGAGCUUCAGGAGCCUCUACUUUGAAAUUGAAAUUUGGUAACAGAGGUCAUAAUAUCCCAUGUACUUCUACUGUUUCUGGUAGAUGUUACAUCACCUCUCAAAAUCACGGUUAUGCUGUCGAUGUCAAAACUUUACAACCUGGCUGGAAAGAAUUGUUUGUGAAUGCCAACGAUGGGUCGAAUGAAGGUAUUUACAACACUGAAAAGCCAUUUUUCUCUGUUCAAUUCCACCCUGAAUCAACCCCAGGCCCAAGAGAUACCGAAUUCUUAUUUGACACUUUCAUCCAGUCUGUUAUUGAUUUUAAGACCUCUAAAGCGUUGAAGGCUGUUGAAUUCCCGGGUGGUAAGAAGGAAGAAAAUGAAAAAUUAUAUCCAAGACUCAACCCUAAGAAGGUGCUUAUUUUGGGUUCCGGUGGUUUAUCUAUUGGUCAGGCUGGUGAAUUUGACUACUCUGGUUCCCAAGCUAUUAAGGCAUUGAAGGAAGAAGGUAUUUACACCAUUCUAGUUAAUCCAAAUAUUGCAACUAUCCAAACUUCUAAGGGUCUUGCGGACAAGGUCUACUUUUUACCUGUCACUCCUGAAUUUGUAAGAAAAAUCAUCAAGCAUGAGAGACCUGAUGCAAUUUACUGUACUUUUGGUGGUCAAACCGCUUUGAAUGUUGGUAUCAAGUUAAAGGAUGAGUUCGAAUCUUUGGGAGUCAAGGUCCUUGGUACUCCAAUUGAUACUGUCAUUACUACUGAGGAUAGAGAACUCUUUGCAAGAGCAAUGGACGAAAUCAACGAGAAAUGUGCCAAAUCCGAAACCGCUUCCAAUAUCGAGGAAGCUCUAGCAGCUGUCCAAAGAAUUGGCUUCCCAGUUAUUGUCAGAGCUGCCUACGCAUUGGGAGGUUUAGGUUCAGGUUUUGCUGACAACGAAGAAGAGCUGGUUGAACUUUGUAACAAAGCUUUUGCUGCUUCUCCUCAAGUUUUAGUUGAAAGAUCAAUGAAAGGUUGGAAGGAAGUUGAAUAUGAAGUUGUGCGUGACGCAUACGACAACUGUAUCACUGUCUGUAAUAUGGAAAAUUUUGAUCCUCUUGGUAUUCAUACUGGUGACUCCAUUGUCGUUGCACCUUCUCAAACUUUGUCUGAUGAGGAUUACAAUAUGCUAAGAACGACUGCUGUCAAUGUUAUCAGACAUUUGGGUGUUGUUGGUGAAUGUAACAUUCAAUAUGCAUUGAACCCACAUUCUAAGGAAUACUGCAUUAUUGAGGUUAAUGCUAGAUUGUCUAGAUCUUCGGCUCUAGCCUCCAAGGCAACUGGUUAUCCAUUGGCUUAUACCGCUGCUAAGUUGGGUUUGAACAUCCCAUUGAACGAAAUCAAGAACUCUGUUACUAAGGUUACUUGCGCUUGCUUUGAACCUUCAUUAGAUUACUGUGUUGUCAAGAUUCCAAGGUGGGAUUUGAAGAAGUUUACCAGAGUUUCAAACUUGCUUUCCUCAUCUAUGAAAUCUGUUGGUGAAGUCAUGAGUAUUGGUAGAACUUUCGAAGAAGCAAUUCAAAAGGCUAUCAGAUCCACUGAUUACCAAAACUUAGGUUUCAACUCCACUGAAGCGUUGAUGAGCAUUGACAUUGAUAGCGAGCUACAAACUCCUUCUGACCAAAGACUUUUUGCGAUUGCAAACGCUAUGGCCAAUGGCUACACUGUCGAAAAAAUUCACCAAAUGACUAACAUUGACAGAUGGUUUUUGGGUAAGUUGUACGGCUUAACCAAAUUUGGUGAAUACAUCUCUUCUUUCGGUACCAAGGAGAACUUACCAAUUAGAGUAUUGAAGGAAGCCAAGCAAUUAGGUUUUGAAGAUAGACAAGUUGCUAAGUUUUUGAACUCCAACGAAGUUGCUAUCAGAAGAUUGAGAAAAGAUGCGGGUAUCAUUCCUGUUGUUAAACAAAUUGAUACGGUUGCUGCAGAAUUCCCAGCUUUCACUAACUACUUGUACAUUACAUACAAUGGUCAAGAUUCAGAUGUUGAUUUCAAUGAUCACGGUGUUAUGGUUUUGGGUUCAGGUGUUUACAGAAUUGGUUCAUCAGUGGAAUUCGAUUGGUGUGCUGUUACUGCAAUCAGAACUUUGAGACAACAAGGUUUGAAAACUGUCAUGGUCAACUACAACCCAGAAACGGUUUCUACCGAUUAUGAUGAGGCUGAUAGAUUAUAUUUCGAAACUAUUAAUCUUGAAAGAGUUCUAGAUAUUUAUGAAAUCGAAAACUCCGCUGGUGUCAUUGUGUCGAUGGGUGGUCAAACAUCCAACAACAUUGCUCUACAAUUACAAAGACAAAACUUGAAGGUUCUAGGUACUUCACCAGCUAUGAUUGACUCUGCUGAAAACAGAUAUAAGUUCUCUAGAAUGUUAGACAACAUUGGUGUCGAUCAGCCUGCUUGGAAGGAAUUAACUUCCAUUGACGAAGCUGAAGCAUUCGCAGAAAAGGUUUCUUACCCAGUUUUGGUUAGACCAUCUUACGUGUUAUCUGGUGCUGCCAUGAACACUGUUUACUCUAGAGAUGAUUUAGCUUCCUACUUAUCUCAAGCUGUGGAAGUUUCACCUGACUAUCCUGUUGUUAUCACCAAGUAUAUUGAAAACGCAAAGGAAAUUGAGAUGGAUGCUGUUGCCAAGGAUGGUAAAUUGAUCAUGCACGUUGUUGCUGAACACGUUGAAAACGCUGGUGUUCACUCUGGUGAUGCAACAUUAAUUGUGCCACCACAAGAUUUAGCUCCUGAAACUGUGAAGAGAAUUGUUGAGGCUACUGCUAAGAUUGGUAAAGCUCUUGAUGUUACCGGUCCUUUCAAUAUUCAAUUUAUUGCUAAGAACAAUGAAAUCAAGGUUAUUGAAUGUAAUGUUAGAGCCUCAAGAUCAUUCCCAUUCAACUCUAAGGUUGUUGGUACAAAUAUGAUUGAAAUGGCUACUAAAGCAAUCAUGGAUCUUCCGGUUACUCCAUACCCAACCCAAAAACUCCCAGAUGAUUAUUGUGCUGUUAAGGUUCCACAAUUCUCAUUCUCUCGUUUAUCUGGUGCUGAUCCAGUUUUAGGUGUUGAAAUGGCAUCAACUGGUGAAGUUGCUUGUUUCGGUCACAAUAAGUAUGAAGCAUACUUAAAGUCUUUGGUUUCUACUGGUUUCCAAUUGCCAAAGAAAAACAUUUUGUUAUCCAUUGGUUCUUUCAAGGAAAAACAGGAAUUACUUCCUUCUAUCAGAAAAAUGUCUCAAUUGGGUUACUCAUUAUUUGCCACGGCCGGUACUGCGGAUUUCAUCCAAGAGCACGGUAUUCCUGUCAAAUAUUUGGAAUUGUUGAAUGAAGAAGAAGAGGAUCAAAAGGCGGAAUACUCUCUAACUCAACAUUUAGCCAACAACUUGAUUGACUUAUACAUCAACUUGCCAUCUGCUAACAGAUUUAGAAGACCAUCAUCUUAUGUUUCCAAGGGUUAUAGAACUAGAAGAAUGGCCGUCGAUUACGCCGUUCCAUUGGUCACAAACGUUAAGUGUGCUAAGCUUUUGAUCGAAGCAAUUGCUAGAAAUGAACCAUUAGAAGUUGAUAAUAUCGAUGCUCAAACUUCACACACUACUAUUCAGUUACCUGGUUUAGUUUCAAUUGGUACCUUUGUCCCUACAUUAGGUGAAGCGGGUGCUGCAGUCUUUGAAGAAACUACUAAGGCAUCUUUAGCUGCAGGUUUUGUUUUCAACUCUAUCAUGCCAAUUACUGCUGAAGGUUCUUCAGUUGUCGAUGCUAGAACUUUAACCAGAGCUACAGAAGUCAUUUACGGAAAUGCAUACUCUGAUUACUCAUUGUUUGUUGCUGCAACUGAGACCAAUGCUCCACAUCUUCAACAAGUUAGUGCAUUGACUUCUGCUCUUUACAUCAAUGCUGAAGAUUUUGACCCAAGUGUGAUUCCAAGUUUAGCAUCUCACUUUGGUGUUUGGCCAACAAACAAGCCAAUCAUUGUCAAUGCUAAGGCUACUUCUCUUGCCUCACUGUUAUUGUUGGCUUCAUUGUUCAACUCUAAGAUUCAUGUUACAAAUGUUACUGGCAGAGAUGAUCUGGCUUUGAUUUCUAUGUCAAAACAAAAGAAUUUGAAUGUUACUUGCGAUGUUGCUAUUUUCUCAUUGUUUUUCUCUCAGGCUGACUAUCCAGGGGCAACAUUCUUACCAACUAAGGAAGACCAAAAGGCAUUAUGGGACAACUUGGAAUCCAUUGAUUGUUUAUCCGUCGGUGCAACUCCAUACAAGUUGGCUGAAUUUUUGAAGAAGCCAGUCAGUGCCGGUUUUGGUUUUGCUGAUUCUAUUCCAUUAUUGAUGUCUGCUGUUACCGAAGGCAAGUUAACUGUUGCUAAUAUUGUCACAAAGUUGCAUGAAAACCCAAUCAAGAUACUUGGUUUGAGUGAAUCGGAAUCUUACAUUGAUAUUAACGUUGACAGAAAGGCAUCUACCUUAAAAUCUCAUAUUGAAUCAUGGAGUCCUGUAAAGAAUGACACUGGUUCAGUUGAAAGAGUUUACAUGAACGAUCAAACUGUUUGUUUGGAAGGUGCAUUUGUUGUUCAAGAAGCUUUAGGUAAAGAAAGUAUUGCUCAACAUACAUCUUCUAUUGCGAACGAAUCAGCUAUUGAAAUGUCAUCACCUGCUCCAUUGGGUGUUAUGUCUCCAAAUCUCAGAAGAGGCUCCAGAUUCUCUUUUGAUGUUACCAGAAGACACUCAUUGAUUGACUCUUUGAAGGAUGGUGAGGACGAAGAUGCUCCAAGUGGUGCAGAUUUGGUUUCUUCCAAGCCACCAAGAGAAUUAUCUCCACCAAACGCUAUAUCUACAUACAUCAAAGGUCACAACCCAUUCUUGAGAAAGAACAUUCUUUCUGUCAGCCAAAUCAAUAGACGUGAUUUACACGCAUUGUUUACUGUUGCACAAGAAAUGAGAUUGGCUGUUGAAAGAGAAGGUGUUUUAGAUAUCUUGAAGGGCAGAGUUUUGACUAAUGCUUUCUUUGAACCUUCGACUAGAACUGCAUCGUCUUUCAAUGCUGCUAUGCAAAGAUUGGGAGGUAGAGUUGUUUCAAUCUCUGAGCAAGGUUCAUCUGUCAAGAAGGGAGAAACCUUGCAAGAUACCAUUAGAACAAUGGCAUGUUAUUCUGACGCAAUCGUUUUGAGACACCCUAGUGAAGAUUCUGCCGACAUUGCCGACAAGUAUUCACCAGUUCCUGUUAUUAACGGUGGUAACGGUUCCAGAGAACACCCAACACAAGCUUUGUUAGAUUUGUUCACCAUUAGAGAAGAGCUAGGUACUGUCAACGGUAUCACUGUUACAUUCAUGGGUGACUUGAAAUAUGGUAGACCGGUUCAUUCUCUCUGUAAGUUGUUGAAACAAUACCAAGUUAAAAUCUACUUGGUUUCACCGGAAGAGUUGAGAUUGCCAUCUAACCUAAGAGACAUGUUGAAGGAAGAAGGUAUGUUGGUUGGUGAAAGUACCGAAUUGACCACCGAGAUUAUCGCUAAGUCCGAUGUUCUGUACUGUACUAGAAUACAACAAGAAAGAUUCAAGGACUUGGCACAAUACGAAAGAUUGAAGGGCACUUAUGUCAUCAGCAACAAAGUGUUGAAGGAUGCUAAGCAGCACAUGUGUGUGAUGCAUCCACUUCCUAGAGUUGACGAAAUCAAGGAAGAAGUUGACUUUGACCAAAGAGCUGCAUACUUCAGACAAAUGAGGUACGGCUUGUUUGUUAGAAUGGCAAUUUUGGCCAUGGUUAUGGGUGUUGAAUUCUAAAGUUGAAAUAAAUAUGAAAUCAAUCACUGGAAACCUUUCUUCCUCCAGGUGCUAGGCUGCAAAUUAUUGGGGAAUAGAUGCUGCUUAGUGUUUGAAAGAUGAAGGCCGGUCGGGUUUCAUACUGAAAAACGAAAUAUAAUUUUAUAUAACGAGUCUUUUUAAAAAUUUACUAUAUUUUCUACGAUAACUGUUAUUUUCUAUAAAAUACAUAGUCUACUUAAUAACUAAUUACAACUAUUAAUCCAUGCAAAGACAGA